GUCCUUUCAUCAACACCCUUCUUCCCUUCGUACUCCUCCACCUCCUCCUUCGCCUCCUCUUCAUCCCACUCCCUCUGCCCUGUGUGCCACUCCUUUCUGCUCAACGCAGCAGUGAACAACUUCAAGGCAUGGAAUCUCCCCCCAUACUGCGUGCCGCACGUAACUCGCUAUGUCUCCUCCGGGGCCUACCACGCUGAUCAUUCCGCUGCAAUCGCUGCCGCUGCAGCAUUCUUCAGAGUGCCGCUGGGUGAUGGGCUGAGCCGAGCGGCGGGCGGGUGGGAGAGGAGGGGAGGCGGUGGAGAAGAGGCGGUUGGAGUGCAACAGAGGAGUGUUUUGGGGAGGAAAGGUGGGGAGGGGAAAGGCGUGGGUGCAGCUGAUAGGGGGGAUGCCGAGGGUGAUUGGGUGUGGGGUGAGGGACAACCUGCGUCCAGGGGGGUUAGAGGGAGACUCAGCUGGGAACCUAGCAGGCAACAAUCACAGGAAGGUGGGAGUGGGAAUGGGAAGACGAGGGGUGGUGAGGGGCGAGAGGAGGUGGGGAGGUGGCAGCAGAAGCGGCAGGAGGUGGUGGUGUUUGACAUUGAUGAGACGCUGCUCUCCAACCUGCCUUACCUGCAGGCACAUGGAUAUGGGUCGGAGCCAUACAAUUCCUCCCAGUGGGCUGACUGGGUGUUCACCUCCGCAGCGCCACCACUGCCUGCAGGCAUUGCCCUUGUCCGAGCCCUGCAGCAGACCACUGCAAGCAUGCGUGACGAUGACGGCGUGGGGAGGGAAAGGCAUGGGGAGGAGAGCAGAGGAGAGGGGCUGGGUGCAGGUGGGUUGGGUGUAGCGCUGGUAACGGGGCGGCCAGAGUCCCAGCGAGCUGCCACAGUGGAGAACCUGAGACGAGUCGGCGUGACACAAUGGAAGGUGCUCAUGAUGAGGCCUCUGGAUGCGAAUGGCAAUGUGGUGCAGGAAACAGCAGUGCAGUUCAAGAGUCGGUCCAGGAGGGAGAUAGAGGCAAUGGGUAUGCGCAUUGUGGGUAGCGUGGGUGACCAGUGGAGUGACAUUACAGGAGAUGCCACUGGAAAUGGCACCUUCAAGCUACCCAAUCCUUUUUAUUUUGUGCCGUAG